CCCCCCCCCCCCCCGGAGCCGCGGAGCUGCCAGCGACCAUGGUGACGAUCCUCAGCCCCUCGGAGACGCAGGCGGCCGGCGGCCCGGGGGGGUCGGGCUGCGGCCCGGGGCCCGCGACGGUGCCGGUGCCGGUGACAGCGACGGGGCCGGGGACAGUGACGGGGCCGGGGCCGGGGCCGGCGGCCGGGCCCCCCCUGGGCCCCCCCGGGGCGGACGACAGCAGGACGAACGUGAUCGUGAACUACCUGCCGCAGAGCAUGAGCCAGGAGGAGCUGCGCAGCCUCUUCGGCAGCCUCGGCCACAUCGACUCCUGCAAGCUGGUCCGCGACCGCAUCACCGGGCAGAGCCUGGGCUACGGCUUCGUGAACUACGUGGACCCCGGCGACGCCGACAAGGCCAUCAGCACCCUCAACGGCCUCAAGCUGCAGACCAAGACCAUCAAGGUGUCGUACGCGCGGCCCAGCUCGGCCUCCAUCCGCGACGCCAACCUGUACGUGAGCGGGCUGCCCAAGGCCAUGGCGCCGGCGGAGCUGGAGCAGCUCUUCUCCCAGUACGGCCGCAUCAUCACCUCCCGCAUCCUCGUCGACCAGGUCACAGGGCUCUCGCGGGGGGUGGGCUUCAUCCGCUUCGACAAGCGGGCGGAGGCGGAGGAGGCGGUGCGGGGGCUGCACGGGCAGAGGCCCCUGGGCGCCGCCGAGCCCCUCGCCGUCAAGUUCGCCGCCAGCCCGGGCCAGCGCGCGGGGCAGCCGCUGCUCAGCCACCUCUGCCCGGGCGCCCGCCGGGGGGGCCCGCUGCCCGCCGCGCCCCCCCGCUUCCGGCUCGACAACCUGCUAAACGUGGCCUAUGGCGUGAAGAGCCCGCUGCCGCUGCUGCCCAGGUUGCCGGCGCUGGCGGUGGAGGCGGCGGCGCCGGGGCUGGCGGCGGCGGCGGCGGCGGGGCCGGGCGGCGGCUGGUGCCUCUUCGUGUACAACCUGGCGCCGGAGGCGGACGAGAGCGUCCUGUGGCAGCUCUUCGGGCCCUUCGGCGCCGUCACCGGCGUCAGGGUGGUCCGCGACGGCGCCACCAGCAAGUGCCGCGGCUUCGGCUUCGUCACCAUGACCAACUACGAGGAGGCGGCCGUGGCCAUCGCCAGCCUCAACGGCUACCGCCUCGGCGACCGCGUCCUCCAGGUCUCCUUCAAGACCAGCAAGCAGCACAAGGCCUGAGCAACCCCCCCCCCGCCCCCCCCCCCGUGCUGCCCCCCCCCCCCCCCGCGGUGGGGACCCCCCCCCCCGUGGGGACAGCCACCCGGAUGGGGACCCCCGCCCGGGCACCACGGAGAGCUCGGAGGCCCCCCCGGGUGCGUGGGGACCCCCCUGAGACACUGCGGAGACUGUGGGGACCCCCCCGGCACUGUGGGACCCCCCCAAGGCACAUCGGAGACUGUGGGGACCCCCCCGGCACUGUGGGACCCCCCCACGGCACCCCAGAGACUGUGGGGAUCCCCCUGGGUGUCCAGAGACCCCCCUGGCACCCUGGGGACCCCCCCGAGGCGCCCCGGAGACUGUGGGGACCCCCCCGGCACUGUGGGACCCCCCCACGGCACCCCAGAGACUAUGGGGAUCCCCCUGGGUGUCCAGAGACCCCCCUGGCACCCUGGGGACCCCCCCCAAAGCACCCUGGAGACUGUGGGGACCCCCCCGGCACUGUGGGACCCCCCCACGGCACCCCAGAGACUAUGGGGAUCCCCCUGGGUGUCCAGAGACCCCCCCGGCACCCUGGGGACCCCCCCGAGGCGCCCCGGAGACUGUGGGGACCCCCCGGCACCCUGGGGUCCCCCUGAGACACUCCAGAGACUGUGGGGACCCCCCCAGCACUGUGGGACCCCCCCACGGCACCCCAGAGACUGUGGGGACCCCCCCGGCACCCUGGGGUCCCCCCGAGACACUGCAGAGACAGUGGGGACCCCCCCGGCACUGUGGGACCCCCCCACGGCACCCCAGAGACUGUGGGGAUCCCCCUGGGUGCCCAGAGACCCCCCUGGCACCCUGGGGACCCCCCAAAGCACCCUGGAGACUGUGGGGACCCCCCCAGCACUGUGGGACCCCCCCCCAAGGUGCCCCGGAGACUGUGGGAACCCCCUGGCACCCUGGGGUCCCCCCGAGACACUGCUGAGACUGUGGGGACCCCCCCAGCACCGUGGGACCCCCCCAAGGCGCCCCGGAGACUGUGGGGCCCCCCCCAGCACCCUGGGGUCCCCCCGAGACACUCCAGAGACUCUGGGGACCCCCCCAGCACUGUGGGACCCCCUCAAAGCGCCCCAGAGACUGUGGGGACCCCCCCAGCACCCUGGGGACCCCCCCGAAGCACCCCAGAGACUGCGGGGACCCCCCUGGGUGCCCAGAGACCCCCCCCCAGCACCCAAAGACCCUGGACACCGUGUGACCCCCCCCCCGGGUGACCUGGAGACUGUGGGGCCCCCCCGGGUGCCCCCAAGACCCCCCCCGGCACCGUGGGGCACCCCGAAGACUCUGGACACUGCAGGGACAUUGGGGGGGCACCCCGAAGACCCCCACCCAGCACCGUGGGGGCCCCCCCGGGCACCACGGGGACCCCGGACGCUGUGGGACCCCCCCUGGGGUGCCCCAAAGAUGCCGGACACCGAGGGGGGGCUCGCUGCACCCCCCCGGCACCCCAGAGACCGUGGGGACCCCCCCGGGGCACCCUGAACACUGCGGAGACCCCCCCGCCCCCCCGGGAGACCCCCAGCGAGCCCAGGACCCCCUGGGACCCCCCCAGGACCCCCCCCCGGGACCCCCAUGGGGCAGCCUGGGACCCCUGAGACCCCCCCAGGACCCCCCCCGGGACCCCCAUGGGGCAGCCCAGCACCCCCGGGGCCCCCCCCAGCACCCCGGGCCCCCCCGGCGUCGUUGUAGCCCCCCCCUCAAUUGGGGGGGGGUCCCAAAAGGGGCGGGGGGAGAACAGCCCCCCCCCCCCCAGAGGAGCCCCAGGGGAGGGGAAUCCACGGGGGUGGCGGGGGAGGGGCUUCCGCGAGGCCCCGCCCCCUGGUGGCCCCGCCCCCAGCGCAGGCCCCGCCCCCUGGUGGCUGGCCCACACGGAGGGCGUCGCCGGUUCGAGCCCCGGCUCCGGCUGCUGCCCCUUGGGGGGGGGGGGUGUCCCGGGGGGGGGCUUUUUUCGGGGCGGGGGGGGGCGACCGAACCAAUAAUAAAUAGCAGCCGCGGGAGCCGAGCGGCGGGCACCGCCCCCCCCCCCCCGGAGCCCCCAAAACCUCUAUUUUUGUAAGAAAAAAAGACGAUAAAAAUCCCCCUGACGCCCCCCCCCCCGACGCCCCCCCCCCCCGACACCGGGGUAAAAGGGGGGGGGGGCAACACGACGGGCGGGGUCAGAGGUCGCCGGGGGGGGGGGUGAUGGCGCUAAAGCAGCUUCGAUGCAGCAGCCGCCGGGGAGGGGGGGGGACACAACCCCCCCCCCACCCCCCCCAGACCCAAAACGGCGCUUUUUGGCCCCAAACUGCGCCGCGCUCGCAGGGGGCUCCUGGACCGUCCCGGGCAUCCCGGCGGGGGGGGGAAGGGGCAGAUCCCCCCCCCGCGAGCCGCUGACCCCCCCCGCCAUUAAUUAUUAUUAUUAUUAUUGUUAUUAUUAUUAUUAUUAUUAGCGUUAUUUAUUUCCCCCCCCCCCGGGCCAGUAUCCCCCCCCCCCGCGGCGCUUCUCCGGCUUUUACCCCCCCUCCGAGGCACAUGGAGGGGCCCAGGAGUCCGGGGCGCCCCCCCCAUCCCCCAUCCAGCAGCACCGGGGGGGGGGGCCCAGGCGUCCGGGCAGGAUGGGGGGGGGGGGGCGAGGGGACCCCCCGUUUCAGUAGCAAUAAGAGCUGCACCCCCGGGGGGGGGGGCACAGGGGGGGGCCCCCCCGGGCGGAGCGGGACCCCGCGGGCCGGUGCCCCCCCCCGCCGGCCGCCCCCCUUUGUACUUUUCAUGGCAGAAGUAAUAAAAGGAGAAAAAGCUG